AUGCAUGUGUAUUACGUGUUUGUAGAGAAUGACUGGGAACUAGUCUUCAGAGCACAGUCCAACAACAGUCUGAGUCCUUAUGCAGCAUGGAUGGGAACGUUGUCUCUUCCAACUCCGGUACAGGACGGCUGUAGGCUUAUGACGGAAACGUUCACAUGUACCACCAUUUAUAGAAAUGAUGUUCUUGAUAUGUGGAGUUCGGGAAAUAUUACUGAGGUACAACUGGAGCUAUACCGAGGUGGUAGCCGAGUUGUCUAUGUCCGAUUUGAUGGCAGAGGAUCAGCGUUAACCAACUGGUUUAGCAUCGAUAAGUUAAUAGACAGUGGCUGGAGCACCAUGUCUAAAAGCCGCACCUUCAAUUACUUCUCCAUACAUGGGGCCGACGAAAGGAGGUUUUUUAUCAAUCAAAACUAUGGCAGCUGUCCUGUCGACGCAGGCUGGAUGGCAGUUAUUGAU